AUGAAUCCGGCGGACGUCGCCCGGCGGCGGCUCGAUAUGGCCGGCGUGAAGUUCUCCGAGCACGUGGUGGCCAGGAGGAAGACGGUCCAGGCGGCGAAGGCCGACGGGAAGUCAAGAAAGCGGAGGGUCGUGAGGGUUUGCUUCACUGAUGCGGAUGCGACCGACUCGUCGUCGAGCGAUGAAGAGAUCGGCGGCCGGACCGCGCGGAGGAGAGUGAAGAGGCACGUCCUCGAGCUUCGGAUGGAGGCCGCCGCGUCGGAGGCCGGCGCCGCCUCGGCGGGCGCGGCGCACCGACGGAGAGCGGCGGCGGUGGCGCCGAAGCCGGCGGAGAAGGCGCCGGAGCGAGCGGGGGAGCAGAAGAGGUUCCGCGGCGUGCGGCGGCGGCCGUGGGGCCGCUGGGCGGCGGAGAUCCGAGACCCGACGCAGAGGAAGCGGGUGUGGCUCGGGACCUUCGACACGGCGGAGGAGGCCGCCACCGUGUACGACAACGCCGCCGUCCGGCUGAAAGGGGCCAAGGCUGUGACCAACUUCCCCGCCAAGAAGGCCUCGCUGGCCCCCGCGACCGAAGAUUUGGCGGUGGCCGUGGAGGAGGCUCCGAGCAAGAGCGGCGGCAGCGGCGGCUCCUCCGACGACUCCCACCCGUCGCCGACGUCUGUGCUCCGGUACGGCGGCGAAGAAACGCCGUUCGACUGCCUCGGCGACGGCGGCGUAGAUGCGUUCGGGUUCAGUUUCGAGCCGCCGUUAUGUCUAACGGAGUUCUACUGGCCGCGACCGCGUUUCUUGGAAGUGGACUUCGGCGAGUUGGACGCCGACGAUUUCUCCUAG